AUGAGAAAGCCUUACCAACGCCCUGCUGACAGGGUACCUUUUGCUGGAAGGGGUGAAGCACGUGUUCCUAAGGAUGAUGUCGUCUGUUACAAGUGCAACCAGAAGGGGAACUAUGCGAAUGAAUGUGGAAAGGAGGUUGUAUGCUGGAAGUGCCAGAAACCAGGGCAUGUGGAGAGGAAUUGUCCUAGUGCUGCUAAGGCCGAGCCAGUACUGAAUGCUGCCAGGGGAAAGCGACCUUCUGCUCCAGGUCGUGUGUUUGCAAUGUCUGGGGAACAAGCUGCUGUGACCGAUGAUCUUAUCCAGGGUACGUGUGUUAUCGCUGGAACUUCUUUAAUGGUGUUAUUUGAUUCUGGUGCUACACACUCAUUCAUUGCUGAGGAGUGUAUGGAAAAAGUUAGGGUUGCUAAAUGCUGA